UUAAAAAAAAAAAAAAAAAAAAAAGCUGGCGCCAUCUUGUUUGUUUUAGUGGAUCAGAGCGAAGGAGGAGGGGUAGGAAAGCUGGAUUGAGGAAAAAAGACCGCCAGAAACAUCGGUCCAAUUUACAAAUAACAGGUUCCUCUCUUGCUGUGAUAAGGAGCUGGGACAAUGUUUUAUGCCCACUUCGUGCUUAGCAAGAGAGGGCCGUUAGCCAAAAUUUGGCUAGCGGCCCAUUGGGAUAAGAAACUCACUAAAGCCCAUGUGUUUGAAUGCAAUCUGGAGAGCAGUGUGGAAAGCAUCAUUUCUCCAAAGGUAAAAAUGGCUUUGAGGACUUCAGGCCACCUUCUCUUGGGAGUUGUUCGGAUUUAUCACAGAAAAGCUAAAUACCUCUUAGCUGACUGUAAUGAGGCAUUUAUAAAGAUAAAAAUGGCUUUUCGUCCAGGUGUGGUAGAUUUGCCAGAGGAGAACAGAGAAGCUGCAUACAAUGCAAUUACUCUUCCUGAAGAGUUUCAUGAUUUUGAUCAACCAUUGCCUGAUCUAGAUGAUAUUGAUGUUGCCCAGCAGUUCUCACUGAACCAGAGUAGGGUGGAAGAAAUUACUAUGAGAGAGGAGGUAACAACCCUCAAUCUGUUGCAAGAUACUGACUUUGUAGAUUUUGGGAUGGACGAUCGGGAAAUAAUGCGUGAUGAAAACGCAUUUGAAGUUGACAUUAUACAUGGCUCCACUUCUAAUAACCUUUUGCUGGAGACUGAGCCAAACACAAGUCAUCUUAAUGAGAAGACCAAUCACCUAGAAUAUGAUGACCAGUACAAAGAUGACAGCUUUGGGGAUAAUCCUAUGGACACCAAUGAUGGUGGCAUUCUUGUUGACAAACUAAUAAGCAAUGAAGAUGGAGGUAUUUUUGAUGACCCUCCAGCUAUGACUGAGAGUGGAGUUAUGAUGCCUCAAGAUCAAGCUCAUGAUGAGGACGACUAUGAUGAUAUGUCUCCUGGUGGUCCAGAUAGCCCUGAUUCUGCAGAUCCUGUUGAACCCCUUCCCAUAAUGACUGACCAGACAACCUUGGUACCCAAUGAGGAAGAAGCUUUUGCUUUGGAGCCUAUCGAUAUUACUGUUAAGGAAACCAAAGCUAAGAGGAAAAGGAAGCUGAUUGUGGACAGUGUUAAAGAACUGGACAGCAAAACAAUCCGUGCACAGCUAAGUGAUUACUCGGACAUUGUCACCACCUUGGAUCUGGCUCCUCCUACUAAAAAACUGAUGAUGUGGAAAGAAACUGGUGGGGUUGAAAAACUGUUUUCAUUGCCAGCACAGCCUCUUUGGAACAGCAGACUGUUGAAGAUGUUCACACGUUGCCUCACCCCACUGGUUCCAGAUGAUCUUAGGAAGCGAAGAAAGGGCGGUGAAGCAGACAGUUUAGAUGAAUUCUUCAAGGAGUUUGAGAAUCCAGAAGUUCCACGUGAAGAGCAGCAGCAGCAACAAAGGGACAUUAUUGAUCAAACUAUUGUUGAAGAACCAAGCCGUCUGCAAGAUUCAAUGAUGGAGGGCAGCAGGUCAGCUUUGGAUGAGUCCAUAAUGCCACCACCACCACCUCAGAGAGUUAAGCGCAAGUCCCAAGAAGGAGAGACAAAUCUGUCUCUAACUGGACUGGAGCCACCAAUAGAUCAACAGAUUCCACUUGAGCAUCAGCAGCAGACACCACAAAUACCUUUGGAGCAGCAGCUGGAGAUCCCACAAGUAGAGAUCCCACCUGAAGAACCACAGAGCAUAAGCCAGUUGAUUCCAGAACUUGACUUGUUGGGCGAGAAAACCAAGGAAAAGAAAGAUGAAGAGGAAGAGGAGGAGGAAGAAGAGGGUCAAGGAGGGGACCAAGAUCAAGAAGAAAGAAGGUGGAACAAGAGAACUCAGCAGAUGCUCCACGGUCUACAGAGGGUGCUGGCCAAAACAGGGGCCGAAUCUAUCAGUCUAUUGGAACUUUGCCGAAACAACAACAAGAAACAAGCAGCAGCAAAGUUUUACAGCUUUUUGGUGCUUAAAAAGCAGCAGGCCAUUGACCUGACACAAGUAGAGCCGUACAGUGACAUCAUUGCUAAACCAGGACCAAGGUUCCAUAUUAUUUGAAAUAUAUAUAUAUUUUUUACUUUUAUUUUAUUUUUGUGUCUAGUGAACUUUACACUAGCUGGUUAUAAGCAUUACCCUAUGUUGAAGGGUUCCCCAAAUCAGUGCAGAUUUAAUAAGUUGUUUGUAUAUUAAGAUUUUUUUUCCCCGCCUCUUAACUCCGGUGAUGAUAAAUGAAACAAACCCCAUUUGUUUGUUGCUUUUAUGUGGGGCGGCCUGUUCGAAAAUGUGAAAGUAAUAGAAAUACAACCAACACCGUUUCCUUCAAGAGCAGAAGAGUGUGCAAUAUUGGAAUUUCUACGUACAAUUGUGAAUUUCAGAAACUCAACAACAGACCAUAGUUUUCACAGGUGUGUCUCUUAUUUAUAAGGAUAAUCAUUUGUAAGGUAGGCUUCUUCCACACGUGCUCUAGAAAGUUCCUCUCCACAAACAUUUGUACAUCAGUCAAUAGCUGCCUUUUGAAAUUGUGAUUCAUUUUUUUUUUA